AUGGCAGCCCCCCCUCCCCCCCGCGUGCAGCUCUUCAUUGGCGGUCUUGACGGCUCUGUCACCGACCGGGACCUCAAUGACGCCUUUGCCAAGUACGGCCGACUGACUCGGACCUUUGUGGCCCGUGGCGGCAAGUUUGGGUUUGUCUCGUUCGAAACCGAGGCCGAGGCCGAGGCGGCGCUGGCCGAGACGGGAGCCCAAGUCGGCCGGUGCGUCAUCAAUGUCGAGUUUGCCACGGGCGAUGCGGCAUCUGCUGACUCGGGUGCCUGCUUCUCGUGCGGAGAGCAUGGCCACAUUGCUCGGCGCUGCCCUCUCAAGCCCCAGCGCCAGGCCCCGCCCAACACCGAGUGCUACGCCUGUGGCCAGCUCGGCCACUUCUCCUACCAGUGCCCGACCAACCCGCGCGGCGGCGGCGAUCGCGGUGGCCGUGGCGGCGAUCGCGGUGGCUACGGCGGCGGUCGUGGUGGCUACGGCGAUCGCGGCGGCUAUGGCGGUGGCGACCGCGUUUUGCUAUGGUUUUUGGCGACCGCGGCGGCUAUGGUUACCGCAGCGGCUACGGAUCACGAGGCGGCUACGGCGACCGCGGCGGCUACGGCGACCGCGGCGGCUACGGCGACCGCGGCGGCUACGGCGGCGGCGACCGCGGCGGCUACGGCGACCGUGGCCCUCCUGCUGGUGACCGUGGCUACGGCGGCGGCGACCGCGGCUACGACCGUGGAGGCGACCGUGGCUACAGCCGCGGCGGCAACCCGCGGCUACGACGACCGCGGCGGCUACGGUGCGCCGGGCCGGCGACCGCGGCUACGAUGCGCCUGCGCCUGCGCCCGCUUGCUCCGGCGCCCGGCCGGUUGUCUACGGCUACCGCGGCUACGACCGCGGCGGUGA